AUGCAUUUUUGCCACAUUCGAGGAGUACACCCAAACCAUGACCUUUAUCUGUAUGGCCACAGAAUACCCUGUAUUGAAGGGGUACGCUUCUUAGGCCUCAUAUUCGACAGAAAACUCAAUUGGCUUCCCUAUCUGAAACCUAUUAAAACCAAAUGCCUUGAAGCUUUAAGUAUUUUGAAAGUAUUAUCUAAUACUAACUGGGGUGCAGACAGGCAGACGAUUAUAAAACUGCACAAAUUGCUUAUUAUUUCAAAGUUACUUUAUGGAUGUGAAAUAUAUUCUUCUGCAUCAUCUAAUCGUCUUGCUAUCUUAGAUUCAUUACAUCAUGCUGUUAUACACUUGGCAACGGGUGCCUUCCGAUCUUCUCCCAUCUUAAGUUUAUUAAUUGAUGCUGGAGAAAUCCCACUUGAGUUAUAUCGCCAGUCAUCAAUUAUCAGCUAUUGGUUUAGGGUUCAGAGAAUCUCCAACUCUAAAGCCUUUGAAGCAGCAAAUAGAAAUUCUUCCUACAACUUUUAUGAAAAUCAUCCAAGGUUUCCUAAGCCUUUCAGUUUUAGAGUAAAAAAGGUCUUGGAAACAAUGAAUAUGUUAAGAAAUCCUGUAUGUCCAGUUAAUUUACCAAUUGCCCCAGCAUGGAAAUUACCUGUAAUUAAAUUUUGUAAAUAUUUUGAGGGUAUAAAAAGAGAGAAAUCAGAUACAGAAAUUAGAGCAUUAUUUUUAGAACAUACUGCAGAGCACCCAGGCUCUACAUUUGUUAUCACCGAUGGCUCCAAAACUGAUCAUGGGGUCGGACAUGGAGUUUUUAGUGAUGAUUCUAACCGAAGAGGAGCACUACCCAUCAUAGCAUUGAACUUCAUGGCGGAACUGUAUGGCAUUUUAACAGCAUUAGAACAUAUUGCAACCCUCCAGAAUUCUACUAAUAUCACCAUCUUUUGUGAUACCAAAAGUGCAUUACAGGCAGUAUAG